AUGAGUAAUACUAAUAACAAAACUGAAAAUUUUCCUCAAUUAUAUGAGAUAUUAUUAUAUAAGAAAAAGAAUAUAACAGCUAUUCAAAAAAAACUUGAUAUUAACAGUAAUAUAAAUCAAAUGACAGUGCUGGAGAGCAAGAAAGCAAAAAAACUUGAUGAUUCAUAUGAAUUAUUAUUAGAAUUGGUGGGAAAUUUAAUACUUAUACAGGGAAAACUUAGUAUAGAUAUCAAUCCCAUUUUAGAAGUGAAACUUAGAAGGGAUAAAGCCUCUUCAAAUAAACCAAUUAGAUUAUUUGAUUUGCUUUUAUCUUUAGAAGAUGAUAUAGUGGUAAUUCAGGAUAAACUCAGUAUUAUUAGUUAUUCUAAUCAAGAAAGGGCAGAAAAAGUUGAUGAGAAUGUAAGAGUACAACUACAAAAGCUUGAGAAAUUUCACAGUCCAUUAGAAGAUGAUCCAGAUGUGAUUUUACCAAAAUAUGAUGAAAUAGGGGUAAAGAAAAUUUGA